GCCACCGCCGCCGGGUCGCCGGGUCGUGGGGGCCGCAGCGCUCGGGCCGCGUCUGUGCCUCCCGGGCGCGCUGCGCGGCCGUCGCUGCUGCCCGCGCUCGUGCCGCCGCCGCCGCCGCCGCUGCCGGUUACGCCAGCCCCGCCGCCGCCCGCUCUGAUUCUGCGCAUAGGCAGCCCCCAAGCCUGUCAUUCUGCAAAAACACAGUUUACUCAACACACCACACACACACUCACACACACACGCGCGCACACACACACGCGCACACUGCCCCCCUCGCGCACACGCACGGAGGGCGCGAGCGAGCAGACGCGCACACCCGGCGAGCCAAGUUCCGCAGCCUGGCAUGGCUUCUGGGGACCUUUACGAGGUUGAAAGGAUUGUAGACAAGAGGAAGAACAAGAAGGGAAAAUGGGAGUAUCUGAUCCGGUGGAAAGGCUACGGGAGCACGGAGGACACGUGGGAGCCCGAGCACCACCUGCUGCACUGCGAGGAGUUCAUUGAUGAGUUCAACGGGCUGCACCUGGCCAAGGACAAGAGGCUCAAGUCGGGGAAGCAGUCCGGCGCCUCCAAGCUUCUGCGGGACGGCCGAGGCCCCUCGGUCGAAAAACUGUCCCACAGACCCUCGGAAUCCGGCAAGAGCAAAGGGACUUCCCAUAAACGGAAGCGGAUCAACCCUUCCCUGUCCAAGCCGAAAAAAGGGUAUCCGGCCAAGCCCCCUGCAGGCGGGGACAGGGCCACCAAGACGGUGUCUUACAGGACUACCCCCAGUGGCUUGCAAAUAAUGCCCCUGAAAAAGGCGCAGAAUGGGAUGGAAAACGGGGACGCCGGCUCCGAGAAGGAAGAGAGGCAUUUUGGCAACGGGUCCCACCAGCCCGGCUUGGAUUUGAAUGACGUGGGUGAGCAGGACCUGGGCGACUGCCACGUGAGCCCCGCGGCGCUGGCGGAGAGCGGACUCGGCUCUGCUCUGACCAACGGGGGACUAAACCUGCACAGCUCGGUGAAGAGGAAGCUGGAAGCGGAGAAGGACUACGUCUUUGACAAGAGGCUCAGGUACAGCGUCCGCCAGAACGAAAGCAACUGUCGCUUUCGGGACAUUGUCGUGCGGAAGGAAGAGGGCUUCACGCACAUCCUGCUGUCCAGCCAGACCUCGGACAACAACGCGCUGACCCCUGAGAUCAUGAAGGAGGUGCGGCGCGCGCUCUGCAACGCGGCCACGGACGACAGCAAACUGCUGCUGCUUAGCGCCGUGGGCAGCGUGUUCUGCAGUGGCCUGGAUUACUCCUACCUAAUUGGCCGGUUGUCCAGUGACCGGAGGAAGGAGAGCACCCGGAUUGCAGAGGCCAUCAGGGACUUUGUGAAGGCCUUUAUCCAGUUUAAGAAGCCCAUCGUGGUGGCGAUCAACGGGCCCGCACUGGGCCUGGGAGCCUCCAUCCUGCCCCUUUGCGACAUCGUGUGGGCCAGCGAGAAGGCCUGGUUUCAGACCCCCUACGCCACCAUCCGUCUCACGCCCGCCGGCUGUUCCUCCUAUACCUUCCCCCAGAUCCUGGGUGUCGCACUGGCCAACGAGAUGCUCUUCUGCGGGCGGAAGCUCACCGCCCAGGAGGCAUGCAGCAGAGGCCUGGUGUCACAGGUCUUCUGGCCAACCACGUUCAGCCAGGAGGUCAUGCUGCGGGUCAAGGAGAUGGCCUCCUGCAGCGCGGUGGUGCUGGAGGAGUCGAAAUGCCUCGUCCGGAGCUUCCUGAAGUCGGUGCUUGAAGAUGUGAACGAGAAAGAAUGCCUCAUGCUCAAACAGCUCUGGGGUUCCUCCAAAGGCCUGGAUUCCCUGUUCAGCUACCUGCAGGACAAAAUUUAUGAAGUCUGAGGGCCCAGUGCUCAAGGGCAGGUGACUUCCAGCUCUGUCCUGUGUUUCAGAAAUCAGAGCACAGUGUAUUCCCGGCCAAGGAGUCUGUCAAGGUGUCUCGCUAUACCUAGGGUCGUGUCCAUUUCCUCGUGUCCUUUGGUUGCUCCUCAUUGGUUUGGUUUUGUGUAACGAUGGGAAACGCAGCAUACUUGGCCUCCCCUGUGUCCCCACCCCAACUGGCUGGAGAGCUAUCGAGGGCUGUAUCUUCCCAGUCCUCUGCCAGGUGCCCUUGUCCUCUCCCCACUUGCUGAAAUGCACCAUCCUGGUCCAGGAAGGGGAAGACCCAUUUCCCCAUCCUCUGACUCAGGCUGUGUCUACACAGUGCCUCUGAUUUGGAAACUUGGCUGCCAUGGCUCUGUCUGGUUAAGAACAGAUCCAGUGACAGGGGACGACCAAUCUUAGGGAAUCUCUAGACCCAUGAGCAGAACGACUGUGUAGAUCCAGCCUCAGUCUCCUCUCUGAUGCACAUCUGCGUGACUUCUAGGGCUUGGUCUUAAAACCCAGUUGAGUGAUUUACAAACCCAGAUAUUGUAUAUUUAGGAGCAUUUUGUUAAAUAUAUAUUUUUAAAACAAUGUAAGUGGAAAUUCUGAUAAUUUAUGUGUAUUAUAUGUAAAGCUAGUUUUGCAAACACAUAACUACUAGGAAAAUGUUUUUUUUUUCACCCGACUUAUUUAACUUAUUUAUUUUUGUUUAUAUAUUAUGAUAUCUGUUGUUCACACAGAUAUUAUUUUCACACUGCCCUGGACCAAAUCCCGUACAAGGUUCACGCCAUUUGGUACAUUCUAGCAGUGAACCGCGUAGAAAUAAAAUUCAGAGAGAUGAAAACGGGAUUUCUGUGAAUAAAAGGAAUAGCUCUGCCCCAGAUUUCCUGCGUGUGAAGCAGUUCUAUGACAAGUGAAUACUUGCUCUUGCGAGAAAUCAUGGAAGAGUUUUCUCUUCACUCUGCUCCCUUUAAGGAGAUAAAUGGGGCUUCCCGCCUGAAUGGUCCAGUAAUGGAGCAGUAACCAGGGAUGAGGCCUCCUGUCCCAGGGCGCGUGGGCCGCAGCGGGGCUCCAGCAUUUGUAUUCAGACCAUCAGCCCAAAGUCCCUGGAUCAGCUGUGGCGAAGGAGGGGUUCUGGUUUGGGGUGUUGGUUUUGGUUGGAGAGGAGAACGUAGACAUCAGAGUUCAAGCAGAGAAGUGACGGGACCAUGUUCUGUAUGAGAGUCAAGCGCCAGAGAAAGUUAGGUUCCCAGAGUGGCGGGAUUUUUCCAUUUCCAUCACAAUCCCCCCGCCAGGUGUCCUCAAGGACCUCUGCUCACCCGUCUCCUCCUAGUACCCUCUGUUAGUCACCAGCCCCUCUUGACCCUUCCGCAGAGAAGGUUGAGCAGUGAGAGUUAGGCACAGCUGGGGGAGGGGAGGCCAGCUGAGGGGAGGGAGGGUCAUUGUUACAGUUCUCUCUCCCUUUCUGGUCCUCUUCCCUCCCCUGAAGGCAGCUGGAUGCACUAGACUGGGCAGGUGGAGAGGACUCAUGGCCCUGAGCUUUGUGUUUCGGAGAACAGGUGGACUGUCUAUAGCAGAACUAGAGACAUAGGCCUUUAAACAGUGAACCUGAGUUUACCUGGAUUCUCCGUCCUCCAGAUGGUCUUGGUUCCCUCUGUUGAAAGCCUCUCUCCUUCUGAGUUUCCCCAUGACUUCUCGAGGCUCAGGGAAGAGGACAUGUCUCACUUUCUUCUCGCUUCGGCUGGGGGGCAGCCACCCUGGCUGAAUCCAGCCAGAGGAAGAUGGGGCUGAUGUGUUACCCUCCCCUUGCUCCAUGGGGGUUUCUGUAGGAACUGCAGACCUAGACGAUGGGGAGUUUCUACAGGGAAACACCUGCUUUUGCCCAAAUACAUGUUGUCACAUCUCAAUUUGGGUUUGUCUUUUCCUUUGAGACCAAAGGCCCUAGACGACCUCACCCUUGACAGAUAACUUCUCAACCAUCACUAAGUCAUCUAAAGAAAGAGCACUUCGUUUUCUUUUUACCUUCUAGGGGCAGCCACGUUCAACGUCUCUAGAAGCAGUGUUAGGAUUCUCGUUGGAAUGGAAGAGGAUGUUUGGAAAUUCCUUUUGCUCAGUGCCCAUCUUUGUUCCCUGCUGAAAAAACCAGAAGUGUUUUAGCUUUGAACUAAAACAUAGCUUUGGAUCAUCAAAUCUAAACUUCUAAACACCUCAAGGAUCUCUGAUGAUGAGGUAGGAAUGUGAAACCAUCACUAAGAUGGAAUGCCUGGUGUUAACCUGUAGGUUUCGUGUAUAACAGGAGGUGUUUUACAAGACAGUCUGUGUUUCGGUUGUUUCCAUACAGUCAGUUCUAGAAGGAUGUUCCACAAAUUGGGCAAAACUCAGUUACAUCUGUUUGCUACAGGGUAGACCAAACCACUGAAUUUUUCACUUUCUGGUUAGUUGUUUUGAUAAUGUAUAGAUGAGAUCCAGGAAACUUCCAGCUGAUCGACCUGGGUUGGAAUUUGCCAGACCUGUUGUUGUGUCAGGGUUUAACUUCAUAGCUCUCUUGAGACAAGGCCCACUUUUUGUCUUCUACCCCAGGACCUUCUCUCCACCCAUAGGAUCCUUUCUCCCUUCUCUCUACUCUGCUUUGCCCCCUCCCCACCCAGGCGGUCACAUCCCAGAGCCUGGGCAGGUUCUUGGAGGAAUCAUGCUUGGUCUUGGUAGCCCCAUCCCAGAAUUACCUUUGGGGUUGGAAGGAGAGCUGUGGUGGGAAGAUGAGGAUACUUCUUUAGUCAAGCAGCCUUCUGGACAAUCCACUCCUUGCCAUCCUGUUAGCCAUGCGUUAGAACUCUCCUCUCCUCCAACCCCUGGCGAUUAGCAUCCAGCAUCUUGCAGUGGAACAUUUAUGUUAACAGCUUGUUCCAGGAGGACUUUUUGGAGAACUUUGCUAAGAUGAUCAGAGUUCCUCACCGUUUGGAAGCCUCAGCCUAAGGUAGAUAUACCCAUAUGUCCCUUCCUGCUUUGAAAUAAUGUCUGUGGGUGAAAACCAUCAAAAGUGACCCUCUUGGAAUGAAAGUGGAUAACUCUGAGAAAGUAGUAGAGAAUUGAUUUUAAAUGUUAUUCUUGUUUGGUAUAAAGUAAACUAGGAAAUGUUCUCUCUGAAGCAUGAAAAUAUGUUUUUCCCAUAUGAAGUUUAGUAUGAGGAUGGAAAAAUGAUAAUCACAGUAGACUUCGAUCAGUGCAACUGUAUCUCCAGAUAUCCACAUUUAAAAGAUAGCCUUGAUUGGAUGCUGAAUUGCAUUUCCCAUUAUUAAUUGUUGGUUUAAAAAAUUUUGUAAACUUUUUUUAAUUUGAAAUUUAGUCACAUUCAUGUAAUUUUCCAAUCUAGUUUCUGUGGAAAUUUUUUUAACAAAGAGAAACAGAUAGAAACAUCUUCAGAUCUUCCUAAGUGAAUAUUUAAAAUGCAGAAUUGCUUCUCUUCUGUGUUUCUGUAUUCAGAUACUUAGAUCUGUUGUAUAUAUUAGUUUAGACAUCCUCACUAAUAUACACAGUAUUUAAGACUCUAAAUGAGAUUUCUUAAGUAUUUUAUUUUAUUCUCUGUAAAUGGUUUUGUAUAAUCUUUAAAAAUCUACACUUUGCCUUUGUAGAUAUUUAACGGAAACCAUUUGGGGGUUGUCUUGCAUGUAUAUUUUUGUUGUAGAUAAGUGUUGCUUAGUUAUUUCUGCAAAUUUUGGUUGAAAUGCUUACAGACUUUAAUACAAUAUAUAUUUUCAGAAUAUAAACUUUUAUAUUUCUGUGGUAAGUUAGGAUAUGCGUUUUAGGCAAUCUUUUCCAUUAAUAUCACUUGUUCUUUCAAAAAAAAUAGCAUUCUGGUUUGGUGCCAAUGGUUUUUUUGUUUUUUGUUUUCCAUUAGAAUCUAGUGUUCUUAAAUUGUAAGAGAGCCGGUUAAUUUUCCUUUUCUCAAAGUAAGUGAGUUUGAAGUAGAAUUUGAAAAUGUAUUGAAUUUGUGAAUAAGCCUUACCAUUAGGAUCAGUAGAUUUUCCAACCUUUGCAACUACAUAUGUAGUUGAAGAUCUCCCCAUAAAUUCUCACUGUGUGCCAGUUGAUGGAGUUUGUGAACAGAGCCUUAAGCUUGUUGCAAAAAAAAAAAAGGUAAUACGGGUUGUUUCUUCCAAGUAGCGUAAGCCACGUGGAUGGACUGUGCAGUCUGUGCGCCACGGCUAAUCUAAUCCGGAGAGUUUGGUUGAGUUGAUGGCGGCAGGGCCCAGAUAGACACCUUGGUGACUGUCUUUGGCCACGGACAGGUGUUCUGGAGCCACCUUCGUGCUAGUCACAUGGUGUAGAUGUGGUCACAGGGAGGGCUACUGGUCCAUCAUUUGUUCUGAACCAGUGGCAUUCUCUGCUCCUGACCUUGGUGGUUGACUCCAGGCUCUUUGCAGGUGACCUGGACAUGUCCAGUCUGGCUGUGGUCAGCACUCCUUGAGAGACGUUAACAAAGUUUACAUGUGAGUCUUACUGUGCAGACAAUCUGAAGUCGCUUUCAGUUACAUAAUCCGCAUUCCCACAUGUCCUGAGUGUCUUAUCAGUGAACUAGGUGCGUUAAGCCAUACUGAACCUGAGUUUAGCAGGGCACAGGCAAACUAGAUGCACGACGUACACAUCAGCUGAGCCAGUCUACCCGGGGCUGUUUGAAUGGCGUGUAAGUCACGGAGCUCACUGGCAGUGUGUCCACUGUGUCUGGGAUCUGAUAAAAACCAACUAAACUUUGGAACUUAAAUUUCUUUUUUUUUAAAUUAUGAUUCUUUUCAGUUGGCCCUGCUUACCUACUGGUUCUCCUUACCAAGGCUUUAAAGAUGAUCUUGAGGCCAGGGCCAUACAAUAGCUAAAGUCAAGUUAUUUGGUUCAUCUCAAAUAAGUGUUCAUAAAGUCAACUUAUCUCCCAUUAGGAUGGAGAUUUGCUUCAAAUAUUUGCAGUGUGUGCAUCAAUCAGAGAAACUGACAUCUAGUUUUCAGCUUCAGCUCUGGCAUCUCUGUGGGUUGACCACGCCUCAUUGGCCCAACACCUGGCCUCACGCUGGUGCUCCUUAAGGCGACUCUGGGAAGUUUGGAGGGUGUGGAGUUUUCCAUCUAGUAUUUAAUGUGUCCCUGUGCCGUUCGUCCCAGCUUGAAGUCAUUUGCUGAUGUCCAUGCUGACAGGAUUGUGAAAAUAUUGCCUUUCAUAAAACCAAGGACCAAAGAAUUCCAUUAUUCCAGCAGAGUACGAGUUUCAUAGAUUGUGGGCACAUCUAGGCAGAGACGUACAUGCUUUAUGGCACAGAGAAUCUGCUCCCAUCCACCGACCUCAUGCUCCCCCUGGCUGGCCCUACAGAAGGAUUUGUCGUCACCUUGAGAAGGCUCUGACAGAUGAGCUUCUCGGAUUGAAAUGCACUGUCUCAGGUUGGUGUUUCUGCUGUGUAGUCCCAGCCUUUAUCCAUACCAGUACCAUAAGGAGUGGGGGGCUGGCAUUCUUCAGGUUAUCUGAGCAGUGUGGACUGCUCCAUCUGAAUAGAAACCUCCAGCGUGAGUUCUUCAGAUGUGUCUACACUGAGCACUGAGAUCCUGCAGUUGCUAGAUUUCCACCUCCUUUGUGUUCUCCAUCAACCCAUUCCACUUCCUGUUUAGCCCGAGAAGAAUCUUCUUCACUUCUCACACUAGGUGAUGCUCCAUCUUCAUCCAUGAUGAAAUCAUUCAUCCAUUAAUCGGUUGAGAAAUGAUGGAUACUGAAGAAGUGGGAUUCUAGCGGUAAGGCUUAUUACCAAACCUCUGAUAAUUGAAGCAGGCUACCAAAAAAGUAUCCAGCCUACCCUGGGAGUGUUCAGAUUUGAUCCUGGAUAUAGCACACACACCAAAAUCCAAGGAGACCUUUGCAAAUUAGGCUACUCAUUUUCUUUCGCCAGGUUAUCAUGGGAGAGUCUUUAACUAGUUCUGAAUAUCUGUAAGUAUGAGUAAUUCAUAGACUGAUAAAGCAGGUACAGCUGCCCCUUUCUCACCAUGCUGUAAAUAUUCCCUGAGACUGGGUGCAGUACGGAGGGAUAAUAAUCUUCUGAUUUAUCAAAUGCUGACUGUCUAGAGCAAAUUGUACACUCUCUUUGUGAAUGGUCCUGUAACGUGUAUGAACACAUUUCUGGGUGCCUUAGAAGUUGUAUUUUUCAUGUGUGCUAAUAUGCAGUAUUUAUACAUUGUGAGAAGCUGCUUUGAAUAAAAAGGUUGAAACUCCG